AUGGAGAAAACGUUAAAGCAACGCUAUGCGAUACAGUUUUGUGUGAAGCUUAAGAAGACGCCGCUGGAAACAUUUGAAAUGCUUCAGGAAGCCUUCGGAGAUGAUUGCCUUUCCAAAUCACAGUCGAACAGAUGGCACAAGAUGUUUCGAGAUGACCAUCGAAUGAGUGUUCGCUUAAUGUCUGAAUUACUGAACUUGCCGAAAACGGUUGUGCACGAGAUUGUAUCGGAAGACUUGGCCAUGCGGAAGAUUUGCGCAAAACUUGUGCCCAGAGUUUUGACAGAUCUCCAGAAGCAACAUCGGGUGGAAGUGUGUGCAGAACUCCAACACCUCUGCGCAGAUGAUCCCGAUUUCCUAA